AUGGGGAGUAGUUCAAUCUCUGGCGAUGGAGAAGCUCAGCUUCACGGCACCACCAAUUCCAAACAUGGUGGUUGGAUCACCUUCCCCUUCAUUAUAGCCACUUUAGCUGGGUUAACACUAGCCGGAGGAGGGUGGCUGAGCAACCUAAUUGUUUACCUGAUCGAUCAAUUCCAUAUAAACAGCAUCGAUGCUGCUCAAAUAAAUAACGUGGUAUGUGGAUGCACGAGUUUGUUUCCUAUUGUUGGAGCAAUCAUUGCUGACUCAUUCCUCGGUUCGUCCGCUGUCAUCUGGAUUUCCUCCGUCAUUUCUUUACUGGGUCUACUACUUUUUCUUCUUAUGGCAACAGUGGAUGGCAUGAGGCCUGAAAACUGUCAAAAUGAUUCAAGUUUGUGUACAAUCACCCCAUCUAAAACACAAUAUGCAAUGCUAUAUUUAGCAUUGACACUGGUAGCCAUUGGGCUAGGUGGCAGCCGCUUCACUUUGGCAACAAUGGGAGCUAACCAAUUUACAAGGGCUAAACAUCAAGAAACUUAUUUUAAUUGGUAUUUUUUUACGUUGUAUUUUGCCACUGUUAUAGCCAGCACAGCCAUUGUUUAUGUUGAAGAUAAUGUGAGUUGGGCAUGGGGAUUUGGUAUAUGCAUAAUGGCAAAUGUAUUGGGAUUAAUCAUUUUCUUGUUGGGAAAAAAGUAUUAUUAUUAUGACAAGCCACAAGGGAGCCCAUUCACAAGCCUGGCUCAGGUAAUUGUUGCAAGUUUUAGGAAAAAGAAGAUGGUUUUGUCUUCCCAAAGUCCUGAUUAUUAUUAUGGAGAUGAUCUGCAAAAGAAGAUUGAUGAACUACCUACAAACAGCUUCAGGUUACUGAAUAAAGCAGCAGUCAAAAUUGAAGGAGACAUACUACCAAAUGGCUCAAUUGCAAAGCCAUGGAAUAUUUGUACUGUGCAGCAAGUGGAAGACCUCAAAACUCUAUUCCGAAUCCUGCCAUUAUGGUCGAGCAGUAUACUUUUAGGGGCUCCGAUUGGAAUUCAGGCAAGUUUAUCGGUUCUUCAAGCUCUAGCCAUGGACCGUCACUUGGGACCGCAUUUCAAAUUCCCAGCAGGUUCCCUUCUCGUCUUCACACUAGUAACCACUUCAAUAUGCCUUAGUCUCUUUGAUCGUUUCCUAUGGCCAACAUGGAAGAAAAUUUUCGGGCGAAAUUCGACUCCACUUCAACGAGUUGGCAUUGGCCACGUGUUUAAUGUGGCCAGCAUGGUAGUUUCAGCCUUGGUUGAGAAGAAAAGGCGCGUCACCGUCCAUUCCCACCACCUUCAAGGUUCAGUCGUCGCCUUAUCUGUCUUGUGGUUGGUCCCGCAACUGGUUAUUGUGGGCAUUGGGGAAGCAUUUCACUUUCCAGGACAAGUUGCUUUGUAUUAUCAAGAAUUUCCCACUUCACUCAAGAGCUCGGCUACUGCAAUGAUCGCCAUGGUAAUUGGAAUUGCAUUUUAUUUGAGCACUGCUGUGGUCGAUUUAUUUCGAAGAGAAACGACAUGGUUGCCCAACGACAUAAACAAUGGCAAUUUGGACUACAUGUAUUGGGUCGUAGCAGUGCUCGGAGUCAUCAACUUUGGAUACUAUCUUGUAUGUGCACGCUUAUACGAAUACAAAAAUGUAUCGUACGGAAAUCAGACUUUGACAGUAAAAAACUAA